UCCAGAGCUCAGGUUUAGACAUGUAAAAUAAGAUGUCCAAGUGGAGAUGGUGAUAUUAGUUAUAGCUGUUGUUUUGUAUUGUUGUCUAGGAUUCCGUGAUUACUAACUCUUGGUGUCACCUCAUUAGAUUCCCGGGAAAUAUUUAGAAAACAUCUGAAAGAAAAAUACCUAAACAUAGGAGUCCAUAAAUGUUAUCAUCAUGGCAAUCAUAUAGAGUCACGGCUGCUUCUUGUAAAAGAACAUGGUAUAUCAGAAAAGACACCGUGUGGGAUUCCUCAACAAGAUAAUUUUAUUGAUAUGGGACAUGUAUUUGAUCCUGACGAAGAGGGCUGCAGCUCAUCCCAAACUGUGGUGCUUCAGGGAUGUGCUGGGAUUGGGAAAACAGCUGUGGUGCACAAGUUCAUGUUUGACUGGGCAGCAGGAAUGGUUACUCCAGGAAGGUUUGACUAUCUCAUCUAUGUAAACUGCAGAGAAAUAAGCCAUAUUGCUAACCUUAGUGCUGCUGACCUGAUCACUAACACUUUUCAAGAUAUAGAUGGACCAAUCCUGGACGUUAUUCUUGUGUAUCCAGAGAAGCUUCUUUUUAUACUUGAUGGAUUUCCUGAGCUCCAGCAUCCUGUAGGUAACCUGGAAGAGGAUCUUAGUGCUAACCCCCAGGAGCAGAAACCAGUAGAGACCCUCUUAUGUAGUUUUGUGAGGAAAAAACUGUUCCCUGAAUCCUCCCUGCUGAUAACUGCCCAGCCUGCAACCAUGAAGAAGCUCCACUCUCUGUUAAAACAACCUAUCCAGGCCGAGAUCAUUUGGUUUACAAAUGCUGAAAAGAGAGCAUAUUUCUUGAGUCAGUUUUCAGGUGCUAAUGCAGCAAUGAGAGUCUUUUAUGAGCUGCAACAAAAUCAAAGCCUUGACAUUAUGUCCUCUCUUCCCAUCAUCUCCUGGAUGAUCUGCAGUGUCCUGCAGUCACAGGAAGAUGGUGACAGGAGUCUUAUGAGGUCACUUCAGACCAUGACUGAUGUGUAUCUGUUUUACUUUUCCAAGUGCCUCAAAACCCUUACAGGUAUCUCAGUGUGGAAGGGACAAAGUUGUCUGUGGGGCCUUUGCUCUUUGGCUGCAGAGGGACUACAGAACCAACAGGUCCUAUUUGAAGUCCGUGACCUCAGGAGACAUGGGAUAGGGGUAUAUGAUAUCAAUUGCACUUUUCUAAAUUACUUUUUGAAAAAAUCUGAAGGAAGUGUCAAUGUCUACACUUUCCUUCACUUCAGUUUCCAAGAGUUCUUGACUGCUGUGUUCUAUGCCCUAAAGAAUGACAGCAACUGGAUGUUUUUUGAUCAAGUGGGGAAAACGUGGCAAGAAAUAUUCCAACAAUAUGGGAAAGGGUUUUCAUCAUUAACGAUACAGUUCUUGUUUGGCCUCUUACGUAAAGGAAAGGGAAAAGCUGUGGAAACUACUUUUGGAAGAAAAGUCUCCCCAGGACUUCGAGAGGAAUUAUUGAAAUGGACUGAGAAAGAAAUAAAGGAUAAAUAUUCUAUGUUACAGAUUGAGCCAAUGGACUUAUUUCAUUGUUUGUAUGAGAUUCAGGAAGAAGAAUAUGCAGAAAAGAUAAUUGGUGAUUUACAAUCAAUUAUAUUGCUUCAACCUUCCUACACAAAAAUGGACAUUCUGGCUAUGUCAUUCUGUGUAAAAAGCAGUCACAGUCAUCUGUCAGUGUCUCUGAAGUGUCAGCACCUAAUUGGAUUUGAAGAGGAAGAGCAAGCCUCUGCAUUCAUGACACCAGUCUUUACACUUAAUCAGUCCUUCAAGCUACACAAUUUGCCAGUGUCUCAGCUACACUUGCUCUGCCAAGCACUACGUAAUCCAUGCUGUAAAAUCAAAGACCUGAAGUUGGCCUGGGCCAUCUGUAGCUGGAAGGCUGCCUCUUUGUGCUCCAUCUCCUGCUGUGUAGUGAACUCCUUUAGGUCUGAGGCCGAGGCAAAGCGCACACCUAGGGCCAGGCUGCUCCAGGCACAGGCGUCUUUGGCCUCACUGGACACUGCGCUGUCCUCCAGGAUGGCCUUGAGCUUGUUCUCCACUUCCUCCCAGGGCAAGGAUGUAUUCUCCAGGUUGUACCGAUGCCUUAUAUCUCCUGCUUCUUGUGGGGCACUAGCAGCUGUUCUCAGCACCAGUCAGUGGCUCACUGAUCUGGAAUAUAGGGAAACAAAAUUGGAAGCUUCAGCUCUGAAAUUGCUCUGUGAAGGCUUAAAAGAUCCAAAUUGCAAAUUACAGAAGCUCAAGUUGUGUGCUAGCUUUCUCCCUGAAAGCUCAGAGGUUGUUUGCAACUAUCUUGCCUCUGUUCUCAUUUGCAAUCCAAACCUCACUGAGCUUGACCUGAGUGAAAAUCCCCUGGGGGAUACAGGGGUGAAGUAUCUUUGUGAAGGUCUCAGACAUUCCAACUGUAAAGUGGAGAAACUAGACUUGAGCACAUGUUACCUAACAGAUGCUAGCUGUAUGGAGCUCUCUUCUUUCUUGCAAGUGAGUCAGACUCUAAAAGAGUUGUUUGUGUUCGCCAAUACCCUAGGGGACAUAGGAGUACAGCAUCUCUGUGAAGGUCUGCAGCAUGCACAGGGUAUAAUCGAGAGUCUUGUGCUUUCCCAGUGUUCCCUUUCUGCGGCUUGUCGUGAGUCCCUCGCCCAAGUCCUGAGAUCCACCCGGAGCCUGACAAGGCUGCUUCUAAUUAAUAACAAAAUUGAAGAUUUGGGACUGAAAUGGCUGUGCGAAGGAUUAAAACAGCCUGACUGUCAGUUAAAGGAUCUGGCACUGUGGACCUGCCACCUGACUGGAGAGUGUUGUCAGGAUUUGUGCAAUGCACUCUACACAAAUGAGUACCUGAGAGACCUUGACCUCAGUGAUAAUGCCUUAGGGGAUGAGGGUAUGCAGGUGCUGUACGAAGGGCUGAAACACCCCUCCUGUAAACUACAGACCUUGUGGUUAGCAGAAUGUCAUCUCACAGAUGCAUGCUGUGGAGCCCUUGCCUCUGUCCUCAACAGAAAUGAGAACCUGACACUGCUAUACCUAAGUGGAAAUGACCUCAAGGAUUUUGGAGUGCAAAUGCUGUGUGAUGCACUGAUUCAGCCAAUAUGUAAACUACAGACAUUCUACAUUGACACGGAUCAUUUACAUGAAGAAACGUUCAGAAAGAUGGAAGCUUUAAAAAUGAGCAAGCCUGGAAUCACAUGGUAGUUUCCAAGGAAAGCCCCUGAAUCAGCUGCAUAUAGACUCCCUCGAUCUGCCCCCAUCUUUAACAGUUGUGCAAUAUUCUUGUUCUAAACCUGUUAACCAUUGCCAAGGACCCUAGUGUGAAACAAACAUCAGUGAUUUCUAUUUCUUACAUAGAAUCAUCCACUAAGUAGGAUGUGAAAGGCAGAGGCACUUUAGUUCAAAUGUCUUCAGCAAUAAUACCUUACAUUUAUAUGUUGUGUUAUAAUGUUUACUGUGUUCUCACAGAAACCCUCAAAAGUGGGAAGAUGAGGCUCAGAGAGGCUGUGACUAGCUCUAGGUCACACAGCUCAUUAGUGGGAGAAUUGGGACUGGAAUCUAGCCAGGUUUUACAAUACCCAGACCAGACAGAGAAACAAUAGAAAAAGAAUGUGAAGGAGUCAACUUAAAGAAACAAGAUACUUGAAAUGAUUAAAGGGCAAGAGUGUAUACAAACAUAUAUCUUAUGGUGCUGAUUUUAAGUAAAACUAAUUCACAAAGGAAAGAGUGGAAUGAGUUCCAUUAAAAGGGAAAGGCUUCAUGGAGAUGCAACUUGAUGUGGGCCUUGAGAAUGAGCAGGAUUGAGAUGGGGGGAGAUACAUAGGCCAGU